AUGGAUUCUCCAUCCGAUAUCUCUCCGAACGCUCCGCCAGCUGGCUUCGAAAACCCGAACGAAUAUUUUGCCAACCUUCAGGCGCCACCAGCUCCUCCGUCAUCGAGCUCCACUGGCCAAGCUUCCACUGAAGGAUCUGUGGAUUCGAGUGGUUUUGAAAAGGUGGACCAUGACGUAUUGGAAGAAUAUGGACAACAGUUCGUAAAUCAAAUGCAGCAGUCUCUUUUUGGAAAAUCGGCGGAGUCUGAUAGCUUCGUGAGUUGA